AUGUUUGAGGAAAAUGAUCCCGAAAUUGUUCAGUCAUCAAUCCAGCUUGAACCGGUGGAGGAUCAGUCGAUUCCGACAAAUGAGCGUAAGCCUGCCAAGACAUUCCAGUGUGGAAAAUGCACCUACUCGGCCAAAUACAAAUCUGCUUUGGUGAGCCACAUGAUGAGUCACAGAACCCCUUCGGAAACGACAAUGUACAAGUGCGAAGUUUGCCAGCACGAGACCAAAAGAAAAGCCGACCUCAGGGCCCACAUGAUAAUCCACAUGGACCCGACAGAUGUGAAGCUCUUCUACUGCGCGAACUGCUCGUACUGGACGAGAAGGAAGUGCGAUCUGAAACAGCACGUCGUGGUUCACCAGACUUCUUCGUAUAAGUGUCCGCAUUGUCAUUUCAAGACGACCAACAAGCUGUAUCUCGACAAAAUACACUCCAUGCGUCACAAAAAUGAAUCCGAGGUCACAGUAUAUAAAUGCAAAUUUUGCCUGUACGAAACGAAACUUAAGAAUGCGCUCAAGAAACAUUCGCUCGUGCACCAAGACCAGUCAAAACGGCAGGAGUACAAAUGUAACUGGUGCGAGUUUAAUACUAAGAACAAGGCGGCGAUAAAGAGGCAUAUGCUGUUGGUGCACACUUGCCCGUCAGAGAUUCCGAUGUAUCGGUGCGACAUUUGCGGAUUCCAAACAAAAGAGAAAGUUGGUGUGAAGAAUCAUAUACAGAAUAAACACAUGCCCUCUGAGAUUAAGUAUAUGUGUGCACACUGUCCGUUCAAAACUAAGAGCAGACAGUACAUAAAGAGGCAUUUGGUGCUGCAUCGGGAUCCUUCGAGCGUUAAGACGUACCAUUGUAAAAAUUGCGAGUAUAAGUCGGUCCGAAAGGCAAACGUUCAGUUACAUAUGUUGACUCAUGUGAAGAAAGAAGAUAUCCGUAUAAACUCAGUGAAUGAAGGUCAGUGUAAUCUCGAUGAAACAAUUUUUUUUGACACUUUAGCAAGAAAGUAUCAAUGA